AUGGGAAAGGAAACCUACAUCGAACUUAUCAUACAGUUCAUGACUAACAAUAAUCACACAGGGAUUGAUUUCAGGGAGCCGUUCGUCAAACCAUCGUUGCGCUAUGUUUAUCCCUUAUUUAUGUUUCUCCAUGCUACUGUAGGAGUUGUUGGUGUAGCCGGAAAUGCUGCCAUGGUGAUUAUUAUUGGAAAACAUCGAUUAUAUCAGGACCAAACCUACUUUUUAAUGACCAACCUUGCAAUGGCUGACCUGAUCAAGUGCAUGGUUGUGCUACCAAUAACCCUAGCUAAUCUGCUAAUUCAGAACUGGCUGUUUGGGAGCUUCCUUUGUUUUUUCUUACCAAUGCUCCAGUGCUUUCCGGUUCAUGUUUCAAUGCUGACUUUUCUUACCAUUGCCAUCGACAGGUAUCGGCUUAUAGUUCACCCCUUUAAAUCUAGAUUACCUGCAGGAUUAUGUAUCAUUGCUAUAUGGGUAGGGGCUGCAUGUGUCGUCCUACCAUAUGCUAUAUACAUCAAAUACAUCGAUCUGGGAGCAAUGCUAGGUGACAGAUUUAUUGGUGUGGGAAUAUGCUACGUUUUUGUGGAGAAGAGAAUUGAAGAGUACAUUCGAGCCAUGUUUGUUAUUCUCUACGCCAUGCCACUUGCUGUCAUUGCUUUGCUGUAUGUUCGUAUUUCUGCCGAAAUAAAGACCAAAGAGACUGUUUUUAUAUCUGUUCACUAUGCUCAAAACCCAGAUCUGGGAGACAACUGCAAUCGCUUCUCCAGGGGCAACAUAUCGAAUACUUGGUUUUCAACAAAUCAUAAUCAGGAACAUCCUGACAGUGAUGACGAUCUGGAUAUUGCUAAAGAAAAGAGAACACAAAACUAUCUCAUUACCAUGACAACAUUGUUUGCAGCAUGUUGGUGUCCACUGCAUAUUCUCAUACUCGUCAAUUAUUUUGUUCAUGAGAACGAAAUUAAUAUGAGUCACUAUGACAUUACAUAUAUUCUUUUCACUUGGUUUGGAUUCCUGUCGACUUGCAGCACUCCAGUUUUAUUUGCAUCUUGGUUCAUGUCUGAUGCCACAAAAGACAGACUCAGAGGUUAUUUCCGAUUUAGCAACAGACGACGCUCAUCGGUGACUACUCAGAGGCGACGCUGUCAGUCCAGGUUCUCAGAAGGAUCACACAACAGACACUUUGACGAAGGAAUAGCUAUUGAAUGCAGAAGUGCUGAGCGCUACGGUUGUGAUUCUGUGUGA